CAGAAGGGCAUCUGUGUUCCGUCAUCCAGUCCAGAAAUCGGUACUUAACUCUGCUAAUGCAGACCCGCGUUCGCAAAGGUCUGUGUCAGACCGCAGUGCUGUGAAGCCCACAGUGCUUGAUUCCUGCAGCAUGCACCGGGGGCGCGCCGCUCGCGCCCGAGGGCUCUGGAGUCACGUGGGCGCGCGGCCCCGCCCCGUCGUCGGCCCCGGCUUGGUGGGGCGGUGUCUGCCCCGGAAGUGCCUGUCUUCGGCUGACAGCUGCUGGCACGGCGGCGGCCCGAGCAAGAUGGCGCUGCGGCCGGGAGCCGGAGCCAGCGGCGCGGCGGGGGCGGGCGCGGGGCCCGGCGGGGCAGGCAGCUUCAUGUUUCCUGUUGCAGGUGGAAUGAGACCUCCUCAAGCAGGCCUGAUGCCAGUACAGCAGCAAGGAUUUCCUAUGGUCUCUGUCAUGCAGCCCAGUAUGCAAGGCAUGAUGGGAAUGAAUUACAGCUCUCAAAUGUCCCAAGGACCCAUUGCAAUGCAGGCAGGAAUACCGAUGGGACCAAUGCCAGCAGCAGGCAUGCCUUUCCUGGGGCAGCCACCAUUCCUGGGCAUGCGUCCUCCAGGCCCACAGUAUACUCCAGACAUGCAGAAGCAGUUUGCUGAAGAGCAACAAAAACGAUUUGAACAGCAACAAAAACUCUUAGAGGAAGAAAGGAAAAGACGUCAGUUUGAGGAGCAAAAACAAAAGCUCAGACUUUUGAGUAGCGUGAAACCCAAGACAGGAGAGAAGAACAGAGACGACGCUUUGGAAGCCAUAAAAGGAAACUUAGAUGGAUUUUCCAGAGACGCUAAGAUGCACCCUACUCCAGCAUCACACCCCAAGAAACCAGAUUGUCCCACAUCAUCUCAUUCUACUAAAACUGUCUCCCCAUCACCUGCCUUUCUUGACGAAGACGAAUUCAGUGACUUUAUGCAGGGGCCUGUUGAGGUCCCCGCUUGUGGGCCCUCUUCCCCGGCCCGGCCCUUUCAGUCCUUCCUCCCCACCGCCCCACUGGGCCAGUUGCUCACACAGAAGGCUGGAGCACAGCCUCUCCCUGCAGGUCAGGCUCCAGUGUCUUUUGCCUUACACGGUGGCCCUGGGCAAGCUCCUUGUUUCUCUGCCGCUCCAGCUGCACAUGGUGUGCAGAAAGCAGGCCCUUCCUUGGAAGAGAAGCUCCUAGUAUCUUGUGAUAUAAGUACAUCUGGGCAGGAGCAAAUUAAAUUAAACACUCCUGAAGCUGGGCACAAAGCCGUAGUCCCAGGUUCCAGUAAGGACUGUCCCGGUUUAGUGGCCCGUAAUGGGGGUGCUGUAGAUGGAUGUGUAAGUGGUCCCACCACUGCCCAGGCAGAAAAGACUUCAGACCAAAACCUGUCAAAUGGAGAGAGUGGUGUGGGUGUGUUUCCCUCUCAGGAUCCUGUUCAGCCCAGAAUGCCUCCUUGGAUUUACAAUGAGAGUUUGGUCCCAGAUGCCUAUAAGAAAAUUUUAGAAACCACAAUGACUCCAACUGGAAUAGAUACUGCUAAACUUUAUCCCAUUCUGAUGUCAUCUGGACUUCCCAGGGAAACUCUCGGACAGAUAUGGGCCCUAGCCAAUCGGACUACACCUGGCAAACUUACUAAGGAAGAGCUUUAUACCGUUCUCGCCAUGGUAGCAGUAACACAGAGGGGUGUUCCUGCCAUGAGCCCUGAUGCUUUGAACCAGUUCCCAGCGGCUCCCAUUCCUACCUUAAGCGGCUUUCCUAUGACUCUACCUACCCCAGUGAGCCAGCCGACAGCGAUGCCCUCUGUUCCUGCAGGCUCCAUGCCCCUCAGCCUUGGACAGCCCAUCAUGGGCAUUAACCUUGUUGGACCAGUGGGUGGAGCUGCAGCACCAACUUCUAGUGGCUUCAUGCCAGCCUACCCCUCAAACCAGGUGGGAAAGACAGAAGAAGAUGACUUCCAGGAUUUUCAAGAUGCUUCCAAGUCAGGAUCCCUUGAUGAUUCUUUCACUGACUUCCAAGAGGUGUCUGCUUCCUCAAAAACAAGUAAUUCCCAGCAUGGAAACAGUGCUCCAUCACUGCUGACGCCACUUUCUGGAACCAAAGCCUCCACAGACAAAUACUCAGUGUUUAAAGGAAUUUCUGCUGACAAGCCCUCUGAAAACGCUGUUGCAUUUGGAGAGUCUGGUGAUAAAUACAGUGCAUUCAGGGAACUUGAGCAAACAACAGAGAGUAAGCCUUUAGGAGAGUGCUUUGCUGAGUUCAGAUCCACCGGAACCGAUGACGGCUUCACCGACUUCAAGACCGCCGACAGUGUGUCACCCCUAGAACCACCACCAAAAGACACUUUUCCGGCAGCCUUUCCCUCUGGAGCUGCACAGCAGAAACAGACACAAGUGAAAACCCCUCUGAACUUAGCAGACCUAGAUAUGUUCUCCUCAGCCAAUUGCAGUGGUGAGAAGCCGGUGCCCUUUUCAGCUGCAUUUAGCACGUCCAAGUCAGUUUCCACGAGACCUCCGGCAGCCGGCUCUGCGGCAGCCUCGGCAGCACUGGCAUCCACUAAAACUUCUAGUUUGGUAGAUGAUUUUGGAGAGUUCAACCUCUUCGGGGAAUAUUCGAAUCCUGCAUCUGCUGGGGAGCAGGACGACUUUGCAGAUUUCAUGGCUUUCGGUAACAGUUCUAUUUCAUCUGAGCCAAAAGUAGAUGACAAAUAUGACGUCCUCAGAGAGGAAGUGAGUCCCAGCUCCUUAGCCAGCAGCACAGUGGAGAGUGCCCAGAACCCACCUGCUGCAUCUUCCAAGUAUGAUGUCUUCAAACAGCUUUCCCUCGAGGGAGCUGGACUGGCCAUGGAGGAGUUCAAAGAGAACACCCCUUCUGCAAAGAGUGACGAUGACUUUGCUGACUUCCACUCCAGUAAGUUUUCAUCCACAAGCUCAGACAAGUCCCUGGGAGAGAAAGCGGUGGCUUUCAGACACGCCAAAGAAGACUCUGCCUCGGUGAAGUCUUUAGAUCUCCCCUCCAUCGGUGGCAGCAGCGUUGGCAAGGAGGACUCUGAAGAUGCGCUUUCUGUUCAGUUUGACAUGAAAUUGGCUGAUGUGGGAGGAGAUCUUAAGCAUGUCAUGUCUGAUAGCUCUUUGGAUUUACCAACAGUUAGUGGCCAGCAUCCUCCUGCCGCAGCAGGAAGUGUGUCUUUCUCAGCCACCUCAAACCUUCCAAAGAAAGAGACCUCAUUUGGCGGUUCUGAAAACAUCACCAUGUCAUCUCUCUUCAAAGGGAUGGCCUUGGCAAGCGAGGAUGCUCUUCCAGAGACUCCCUUCCCAGCCUUUGCCAGCUUUAAAGACAUGAUGCCUCAGACCAUUGAGCAGAAAGAGUACGAAAGUGGGGACUACCAGGAUUUCACCAGGCAGGACCUGCCCACGGUGGACCGGAGCCAAGAGACCACGUGUCCAAGCCCGGCUUCCAGUGUCGCCUCUCACGAAACCCCCAAGGAGUGUGCCGAUGACUUUGGAGAAUUUCAAAGUGAAAAGCCCAAAAUCAGCAAAUUUGACUUUUUAGUAGCCAAUUCACAAAGCAAAAUGAAGUCCAGUGAAGAAAUGAUCAAAAAUGAGCUGGCAACCUUUGACCUUUCUGUUCAAGGAUCACACAAGAGGAGCUUAAGCCUUGGGGAUAAAGAAAUAAGCCGUUCCUCUCCUUCUCCGGCCCUGGAGCAGCCUUUCAGAGACCGUUCCAACACUCUGAGUGAGAAGACAGCGCUGCCUGUCAUCCGAGACAAGUACAAAGACCUGACUGGAGAGGUGGAGGAAAAUGAGAGAUACGCGUAUGAGUGGCAGAGAUGCCUGGGGAGCGCCCUGGAUGUCAUUAAGAAGGCAAAUGACACCUUAAAUGGCAUCAGCAGCAGUGCUGUUUGCACAGAAGUUAUCCAGUCAGCCCAGGGCAUGGAAUAUCUUCUAGGUGUCGUGGAAGUGUACCGAGUAACCAGGCGUGUGGAGCUGGGGAUAAAAGCCACUGCUGUGUGCUGUGAGAAACUCCAGCAGUUGCUGAAGGACAUCGAUAAAGUGUGGAACAACCUGAUCGGCUUCAUGUCACUUGCCACGCUCACACCAGAUGAAAACUCCCUGGAUUUUUCCUCCUGUAUGUUACGGCCUGGGAUUAAAAACGCUCAGGAGCUGGCUUGUGGGGUGUGUCUCUUAAAUGUGGACUCCAGGAGCCGGAAAGAAGAGAAGCCUGCAGAAGAACAGCCUAAAAAAGCAUUCAACUCGGAAACAGACAGUUUCAAGCUGGCCUAUGGAGGACACCAGUACCACGCCAGCUGUGCCAACUUCUGGAUCAACUGUGUUGAGCCCAAGCCUCCCGGCCUCCUCCUGCCGGAUCUGCUCUGAGAAGCUGCUCAGUGAAGCUCCAGCUGAGUUCUGGUUGUUCCUGUCACAUAACGUGGGGUGACUGGGACCAAUAAACAGAAUGCUGCAGGAACUGCAAAGGUCCCUUCCAUCCGUCUCUUUGAAGCAUUCCCCAAGAGGUGGAGUGGAAAAACUGUGUCGGAGGUUCCCAUCAGACAGCCUUUGACCACCACUUCCCCCAGCCCUUUGAGACUUGAGGUAAACUGCUCGACCUAAACUGCACACGGCACCGGACGCUUGUUUCUCCUCUCCUCUGGUUUUUGUUGAUGGUGGUGUUGGUUUGAUUUUAAGGAUAGGAUCUUGAUGCAUGCCCCUAGCUGACCUUGAAUUUGUAGCAGUCCUCCUGUCUCUGCCUCCCAAGUGCUGGAUCACAGGCAUGUGCCCCCAUAUCCUAUUUCUCUUAUUCUCUUAAGAUAAUUUAAAAUGUAGACCACCGUUUUCUGUAAGGAGUAAUCUGAUGCUGAAAUGUGAAAAUUAACAAAAGAAGAAAAAAUAAGUUAUCCUAGGACUGGAAUCUGCAAGUUUGUCUCCAGCAUGAGGGUCCCAUGGAGCAGGACACAGUUCUCUGCAUUUAGCUUGUAAAUACUUGAAAUGAAUAAAAGGGGAUUGUGAUUAAACUGACACUCUGUACUCGUCUCCACUGGACAGUGGCAGGCAAGGAGGGCACAGCUCCCUACUCAUGUCAGACCCACCCUCCCCCCCUUCCUUGAAACUCAGCUCUCAAGGAGACCCUCCCCACUUGGACAGGGCCCAGAGCCUGUGUCCAGAUGCACAGCCUUCUCCUUGGAGCCUUGACCGAGAUCCUGCCAUUUUGCCUCUAUAUCAAGACUGGCACAAAGCAUGGUGUUUUUCCUCCAGACAAAAUCUAUAACAGCCAUGGAAUGAAAUCUCUUCAUAGUGACCUCUCUCCACAUUCCCAAAGAUGACUGCAUUGGGGCCAGCAGUGCUGGACUUUGCAGGACUUCCGGAGAGACCUGAGAAUGAACCCAGGGUGAGAGUGGAGUUCUCGGCCUCGUGCAGUGGUUCUCAACCUUCCUAAUGCUUCGUUCAACCUUUAAUACAGUUCCUCAUGUGGUGGUGACCCCCAACCAUACAAUUAUUUUCAUCGCUACUUCAUAAGUGCAAUUUUGCUACUGUUAUGAAUCAUAAUGUAAAUAUCUGAUAUGUGA